AUGUCGUCAGAGCCUAUUAAGGUAAAUCCAGAUCUACUGAUUAUAUUAUUAGGAUCUGCCAUUAAUAAAGUUGUUAGUAAAUAUAAUCAACAAAUUAAAGAUGAUUGUAAAAUUGGAAUAUCAUUAGAAGAAUUCCUUUUAAUCUUAAAUAAACAAUCAAAAGAUUAUAUAACAACAUUUAAUAAUAAUGAUAUUAACUUCCCAGAUAUUGAUUCUAAAUUAUUAUUAUUCAUUGUUAGUAAAACUUUAUAUCAUAAAUUUGUAACCAUUUCAAAUAAUAAUAAUGAGGUUAUAAUUGAUAUACUGCCUCCAAUAUAUGAAAAUAUAAUGAAGAAUAUUGUGGCAACUUCAACUUUAAGAUAUUCAAAAUAUCUACUUAAACAUGCUAGAGAUGCUUAUAAUAAGGAGAAACAACAACAACAGCAAGAGAUUGUUGAACAAACAAUGGAAGUUGAGUCAGAAGAGGAGGAGAUCAAACCAGCUGAGAAUGUCGUUGAGGAUAGACAGCAACAAGAGGCAAAGAAUGAUGUAGAUGAAGACAUGGAGAUUGACAAAGAAUCAAUUGGAUCGGAAGAAACACCAAAGCAACUGCAGGAGUCAACACCAGCUAAAGAAACCGAAAAGGAAGAAAAUAAACAACUACCAACCGUUCAUGAGGAAAAGAAUGAGGUGGAUAAAGAGACAGAUAAGCUACCUCAAGCUAUUAAAGAAAUAGAUAUUUCCGAAGAGCAAGAAGAAGAUGAUGAUGAAAAGAACGAGACAAAACCAGGUUCAACUCCUGAAUCUAUUGGAGAUGUAUCUUCUGAACAAACUUCAACUGAGAUUGAAACUAAAGAGACUAAGAACGAAACGAUAGAAGAGCAAGAUGUUGCGAAAGUUGAUUCAGUGGAUCAUAUUCAAGAAGAUAAUAAGGAAGAUAAAGAAGAAGACGUAAAGAAUGACAUAGUAGAAGAUGAGGACGAAGGACACGGUGACUCUGAUAAAGCAGAGGAAAGCGUCCAGGAAAUAGCUUCUCUUGAGGAGGGACAGUCUGUACCAGAGGAAAACCCGGAAUCUGAUACUGAAAUGAAAGAAGAAGACAAAGAAGAAAAAUCUAUAAAAGAUAAGAACGAGCAGGUUGAGCCAAAGGAAAAUGACAAUAUACAAGAACAAGAGAAAGAGGAAGAAGAGGAAGAAUCAAUAAGAGAAACCCGCAAAUCGGACUCACGCAAACGAUCACGGUCACCAGCCUCCACUCCAGGUCCAUCUCAACAUAAACGAUUCCAGAAUAUCGGAGUCAGUCUAAUCACCGCCAUUCAAGAACAUCGAUUCUCAUCUCCAUUUUUACAUGCUGUUAAUAAGAAAGAUGCCCCUGAUUAUUAUGAUGUCAUAUAUGAACCAAAAGAUUUAAAGAAUAUGUUAAAAGCUGUUAAACUGAAAUUGGAUCCUCCAGUAUAUCAACUGAUAAAGGAAUUGGAAAGGGAUAUUAUGCUUAUGUUUGCUAAUUGUGUCAUGUAUAAUAAAUCAGAUGAUGAUUUGGUUCAAUUAACAAGAAGUAUGAAGAAUGAAAUGACAACAAUAUUUAAAAUAUUUGAAGAAGCUGAAGAAGAAAUUAGAUAA